AGAGUUCAGUGCGCCUGCGCAGUAUCGUGGGUGGGCGGGAGCGCCCUUCCAGGAGAUGGGGUGGCUGCUGUAGUAAGAGGUUGAUGCUGCGGCUCUUUCCCUGCAGUCCUGCAGAGGAAGCGUGCGUCCCUGGCGCUUCCUUAUUCUCUUCCGGCGGAGAGCUUGGGACGUGGUAAUGCCAGCCACACUCCUCAGAGCCGUGGCCGGAUCUCAUCGUAUAUUAUCAAAAGCACAUCAGUGCCGAAGAAUCAGUCAUCUAAUGUUAAAACCACUUAAGGAAUUUGAAAAUACAACAUGCAGCACACUGACAGUAUGUCAAAACUUGAAUUUGUUCCUUCCUGAUAAAACAGCUGGUGGUUUGAAUAAGUCUCAGAUCCUGGAAAUGAACCAAAAAAAGUCCAAUACAAGCCUGCUCUCUCCAUUAAAUGCUGCUCGUUGCCAAGAUGAAAAGGCACACCUUCCAACCAUGAAAUCCUUUGGUACUCACAGGAGAGUGACCCACAAACCACAUCUAUUGGGUUCUAAAUGGUUUAUAAAAAUAUUAAAGAGGCAUUUCUCAUCUAUAUCAACGGAAACAUUUGUUCCAAAACAAGACUUCCCACAGAUCAAGAGACCGCUAAAAGCAUCCAGGACCAGACAGCCAUCCAGGACCAACCUUCCAGUUUUGUCUGUGAAUGAGGACCUAAUGCACUGCACAGCAUUUGCAACAGCAGAUGAGUAUCAUCUGGGAAAUCUGUCUCAAGAUCUGGCCUCCCACGGAUAUGUUGAAGUAACAAACUUGCCUAGAGAUGCAGCAAAUAUUUUGGUGAUGGGUGUGGAAAAUUCUGCAAAAGAAGGUGAUCCUGGAACGAUAUUCUUCUUCAGGGAAGGAGCUGCUGUGUUUUGGAAUGUGAAAGACAAAACUAUGAAGCAUGUGAUGAAAGUUCUAGAAAAACAUGAAAUUCAGCCCUAUGAAAUCGCACUGGUACACUGGGAAAAUGAAGAACUUAACUACAUAAAAACAGAGGGACAGUCAAAACUUCACAGGGGGGAAAUCAAGUUAAAUUCAGAGCUGGAUUUAGAUGAUGCCAUUCUAGAGAAGUUUGCUUUCUCCAAUGCUCUCUGCCUUUCUGUAAAACUGGCAAUUUGGGAAGCAUCACUGGAUAAAUUUAUUGAAUCUAUUCAGUCAAUUCCUGAGGCUUUAAAAGCUGGGAAGAAAGUGAAACUAUCUCAUGAAGAAGUCAUGCAGAAAAUCGGGGAACUCUUUGCCUUAAGGCACCGUAUAAACUUGAGUUCAGACUUCUUGAUUACUCCUGAUUUCUACUGGGACAGAGAAAACCUGGAAGGACUUUAUGAUAAAACAUGUCAAUUCCUUAGCAUUGCCCGAAGAGUUAAGCUUCAGGCCAUCAAAGACGGUGGAACCAUUGCUGAUCUCAUUGUGUUCUGAACUGUCAGCAAGCCAAAUGCCACUGCUCUCGGCUUGGACGAGAACGUUAAUGGCAAAAUUGAUGAUCUGAUCUUUGACCUGGGUGGCAUUUGUUAGAUCUGUCCAUCCUUAGUAUUCAAGAUGGAAUUGCUGAAGUCAAGUCUACAACUGAGGAUACCCACCUGAGUGAAGAAUACCUUGACAACUAAGUGGUCAGCUGUUUCAUGGCUGAGAUCAACUGCAGGUAUAGAAAGGACACCUGUGAGAACAAGCAGGCUGCCCAAGCCCCUUCUGCCUCUACUAAAUGUACUCUUCAUUCUGGUGUCGGGGCCAAUUUGAGAUUGAGUCCCUCCAUGAAGGGGUUCACAUCUAUGCCUCUGCACAUGAGCAGCUGGAAGAAUCGAAGUCCCUGGCACCCUACACCUGUGGAGAAAGCCAUAAGCAGUGUCACCCAGACACACCACCAGUCUUUCACGGGUGGCUCCAUCUAUAUCCCCAAGAUUUAAAAUCUCCUAUAGGGCCGGGCGUGGUGGCUCAUGCCUGUAAUCCCAGCACUUUGGGAGGCCAAGGUGGGAGGAUGGCUUGAGGCCAGAAGUUCGAGGCCAGCCUG